GUAUGGUAGAUUCAAAUUGGACAGUUGGAGCUGUAUUGGAGAAAAAACUACAGCCACUACCAUUCUCGUUUGCGCUUAGUGGAACUAUGAACCACUCAAAGAACCAAUUUCGAUUAGGUUGUGGCUUAAUAAUUGGUUGAUCUCUGGUGUACAUUGAAUAUAAAUGUAAGAAUACUGAGAACAUGUGCAUUACAUGGAGCAUAUUAAGAAUCUUUUGUGAUUCUAAAGCUAACCACUUCUAUACAUGAUUGCAAUUUGAGUAAUUACUAGACAGUGAGUGUUUGAUAAGUUCAUAAAAACAUUAUACCCAGUUGUAAUAUAUAGGUCUGGAAAUUAGGGAAGAUAUGUGGCUUCACUUCCAAUGUUUAUCUUAAUUUUCCUGAAAAAAUUACUGUUUUUCACCCUCUGGAUUAUGUUUACUAGUGUUAAUAAUUGGUAUCCAUUAAAACAAAUACUGUAAACCGGAUGCAAUAAUUUGCUCUGAAAAACACACUUAGUUCAUAUUAAACAGUUAAUGGUAUUUCAAAGAAAUCAUAAGUCCUUUUUAAGAUUAAUUUGUGAAAUUCUUAUUGAAACUUAGUGAUGUUUCAGAGUAUCUGUAUCUAUCUUUACGUAAUAAAUUAUUAUAAUGAUAUUUGGAUUCUUUGAAAUAAAUUAUGUUAUUUUAUUGAGAUAUAAGAAUUUCAGUUCAUAUUAUGUUCAAGGUGCAGUUAUUUGUUCAGUAUUCUUAGUGCUGCAACCAUGUGUUCAAUUCUAAUGUAGUUUUGAUAUGUAGUUGUUUUUUUUUUAUAUAUUGACCAUUUUAUGUACAUUCAGAAUUUGGGAGUUUGAUGCCUACAUAAUUGUUAUUGAAUUGAAAUUAUAGUUUAGUAAUGAGACCAUAAAUAAAAUCAUACUGUGUGUGAUUUUAUGAAAAUAAAUAUGUUUUUUGUUAAAUUUCAUAGUAUAUGAUGUAGUUAAUGAAUUGAUUAAAAUAUUUUAUUGCAGACGCAUCUGGUUCCUUGAUGUGAAGCAAAUAUUGGGAAAUAAUGAUGCUACGACACAUACUUUCUCGUACUAGGAACGGUUACGUGUUGCAAUUUCUGUCCUACUUUGACAUUUUAGCCAUUACUUAAAGUCCAAACCAAUAUAAAUAAAGCACAUGUAGUGUCAAUCUGCAGUUAUUUUGACAUUGAAACUCAGUCAUUUCUUACUUCUGUAAAAGAAACAGACGAGAAUAAAUCACAACUGUUACAGUAUUUGCAGCACACUGUAAUUUAAUGCUGAUUGCUGCUUGUGAUCGACCAAUCUGUGUGGGUGAUUCGAUACUUCCCGACUUUCCUCAUUACUGCAGUUGCCGAGCUGCUCUGAAAAAAUGUAUUUGUGGUAAGAGAGACAUGUUGCAAAGAAAAGCUUGAAUUUGAAUACACGUGAAUUAGAUUAAUAGACUAAUAAAUGAGAUGUGGUGGUGAUUUUAGGAUGCACUAGUGAUGGAGGGUUAAACAUGAUUGCCAGCACUAUUAAAAACAAAUGAGGUAUAAUGUGUGAUGUCCCUUUCAUCAAACACUAGCCCCUCCAUCAUCUAUUGUUCUCAUCUGCAAAGGGGGGAUACUUCCAAUGGUCUGGAGAAUCUCUGGGCUGGGGCACCCGUACCGCUUGCAACGUUCCCUUUUGAGUGGUAAUCGCAGCAGCUGACGGGCAGUUAGUGAUGCAGGGCGUUAGACAGCGAUGUCCCUGGGCACUGUCAUCUUUUACUCGAGGUCCUGACGCUCAUUGUGGCAACACCCUCAGGGAAAGGGUCGCACUCCUGUCAUGAAUUUUAAAUGAUUUACUUGUCUUUUCCAUAUUAUGUAUGAUUUUUCGUAUUUGCACAUGAUGUAAUAUUAACAAUUUAAUAAUUGUGAACCAUUAACCAUUAGAAAACAUAUGUUAUGAAAAUGAUUUCUUGAAUUGCACUUGAAAAUAAUGAUGGGAGAUUAAUAAAUAGAAGAGGGAGGGAAAUAACAAGGGAGAUCAUUAUUACAGAUCUUGAUAUUUUUGUUUAUAAAAAGAAAUGUUUUCUUCUUCUCUGUGUAGUCAAAUGUUAAGACUUUCAGUCCUGAUACUUUCACACAAUGUUAAUUCCACAAUCCUGCGUGUUUUGAUGCAUUUGGGGAAUUUUUUAUCAAGUAAUAAAUUGGAGAUUUAUAGCAAAUACAAUUUUAAUACAUACUUAACCAUGGGCAAAAAUAUUGAUUUGGAUUGUUUUAUUAAACUUUCACUUCCAUAAUUUAACUGCAACUCUUUUUUUAAUGUCUGAAAAAAUUUCAUUGGACAAAAUCUCCUGAUAGUCAAUGAAUAAUGAUGUAAAAAAAUAUUCAACAGUAUCUGUUUCUACACUUUGACACUUCUCUUGGAGGAAAAUCUUAACGUACUUGGUAAAGAACGCCCCUGUCUCAGACCCUUUCUUUGUCCAAGUGACUGAAAAACAUUACACACUAUUAUUCUUGAUUCACAUACCAAUCUUUUAUUUAAUUUAUAUAUUCGGCACUGAUACCAGCCAUUUCCAGAAUUGAGAAGAGUUAACCUAAUGGGACCAUGGCUUAACCCUUUGCACUCGUGGCAUAUUUGAGAUGACAUCUGAAAAUGAUUUCUCAGCACAUAUGCCUGCAGGCAGUGUGCUGUCCUACACGUUGGCAGCAGACAGGUUACAUUUUAUUCAACUGGCAUUGUAUUUUAAAAAUAAUUCCUUUAUUAUUUUUUCCAUAAUUUCACAAUGAACAUUGUUAUUCAAAACAUUCGAAUAACAAAUGCAAAAAAUUACAAUAUAUUGUCAUUUUGAAAAUCACAUUUCAAAU